UGUCCACUACUUCUGCAACCCCUUUCGCAACCAGCCAGCCAGCCAGUUGUGCUACCAAUUGCUAUCUCCCAGAAUCCAGUCACUGCAACAUGUCCCAUCUUCGAGUCGCGGAGUUAUUCUCCGUCGAGGGCCUAGUGGCCGUCAUCACCGGGGGUGGUAGUGGACUGGGCCGGAUCAUGGCUCUCACGCUUGCCGAGAACGGCGCAUCCAAGGUCUUCAUCAUCGGUCGCCGCCCAGAGGCCCUGCAGGAGACGGCGGCCCAGAGCUCCAAGCCGGAGGCCAUCGUCCCCAUCCAGGCCGACAUCUCGUCCAAGGAGUCCCUCCAGGGGGCCUACGAGGCCAUUGCCGCGCAGACGGGUCAUGUUGAUCUGCUGAUCGCGAACAGCGGGAUCAUGGGUCCGGUGAACCGCCCGCCCGGGCCCAAGCCGGACGGAUCAGCUCCCAGCCUAUCCGAGGUGCGCGACCAGCUGUGGUCCGCGUCCAUGGAGGAGUUCUCGAAGGUGUUCGAGGUCAACGUCACGGGCGCCUAUUUUACAGUCCUCGCCUUCCUGCCGCUGCUGGAGGCGGCCAACCAGCGCCGCCCGGCGCCGCAGAAGAACAAGGCGUCGGCCCCAACCGCCCAGGUCAUCAUCACCAGCUCGAUCGCGGGCUUCAACCGUCGGGUGCCGUUCAGCGUCGCCUACAACCUCUCCAAGGCGUCGACGAACCAGCUGAUCAAGAUCCUCGCCACCACGCUGUCAUCGUACGACAUCCGGGUAAAUGGCAUUGCGCCGGGACUGUAUCUCUCGGAGAUGUCGACCAUGAACUUCCAGGACGGCGACAAGGGAAUCUCCGACGGCUCUUUCCCCCGCGACAUGAUCCCCCUUACACGUGCAGGCAGCGAACAGGAUAUGGCCAGUUUGAUUCUGUGGAUGGCCGGCCCGUCGGGCGCAUAUCUCAACGGCAACAUCACGAUAACCGACGGAGGCCGAGUGAGCGCGGUUCCAUGCACAUAUUAGUAGUAGGGGAGAGGCGGCUAUUGCACAUAGACGAAGACUUCCGCGUAGAUACUAUGAGAUGAAAUGCUAGAUCUUAGAAAUA